UUCUUCACUCAUGUGAACGACUUUCCCAGAGACAGGAUCUGUACCAGACUGCGCAGGUUGACGACCAGCAUGUGUUGUGCUCAAAUUGGAUCAUCAAACGCGUGUCGUGACACUUUGAAUGUUGAGCCAUCGAAUUCUAAUAUUUAGAGUAGCGAUAUUCCAAAAAAUAAUAAUAAUAAUACAUUGUCACAAGGUUUGCCCACUGGCAGAGGGUCCGUGUGGAUCUCUAAAAAUAAAAUCAAAGAAAGCAAAAAUCCUGAGCAUGUAAAAAAAAAAACCAAAGCGACAAGAAAAUGUGGGCAGAUGAGAAGGCGAUUCAUGUCAGUGUUUCAUCGUCGCUGUCAAGUUAUCCCGCCCCCGUCGCUCUCUCUCCCAUCGCUCGCUCCCCUCCCCUCUCUCUCUCUCUCUCUCUUUCUCUCUCCGGCAGUCUGCUGGAGCUCCACGCCAGGAUUAGAGGGUUACCGCCAGUGUCUGAUCAUUAGGGAAAAAAAUAAGAAGAGAAGAAGAAGAAGGAAAAAAAAUAUCCGGAAUAUAAGACCGUCUGCACUUCACGCAUGUUUUUUUUUUUUUUUGGGCAGGGGGGGCAGUUCAACUGCGAGUCUCCGGCAUCUUAUCCCUGAGACCUUACCUGUGGGACUACCUUCCGGACCUCCAUCCGGAGAGCCAUGUGAGCUGCACCCCCACCUCAAACCGCCCAACACCCCCCCUCCAGCUAAAGGGAGCACACGUUGGAUUCUCUCCCCUUUUCCUGGAAGCUUCACUUUCCGUCCACGCCGAGCAAGGGGAUUCUUCGGGCUCCCCCACACCCCCGGAGCUACUCAUCUUGGGGCGCUGGUAAAGGGGCUGUGAGUGCCCCCCUGGUCCGGAGGCCAGCCGGCAGCACUCCAGCGCCAUGGAUUACCUGUUUGGCUUUGUGGCGCUGCUGUGCGGGGCGCUGCAGCCGGGAAGUGGACUGGAGCCCAAGCACAACGUACCCAGGCUGAAGCUGUCAUACAAGGAGAUGUUAGAGUCCAGCAACCUGGUGAGCUUCGCCGGGCUGGCCAACAGCUCCGGCUACGACACCUUCCUGCUGGACGAGGAGCGAGGCAGGUUGCUGGUCGGCGCCGAGGACCACAUUUUCUCCUUCGACCUGGUCAACAUCAGCAGAGACCGCAAACAGAUCGCGUGGCCCGCCACCCCCUCCAAGCGGGACGAGUGCAAGUGGGCGGGGAAGGACCUCGGGGAAGAGUGUUCGAACUUCAUCCGCGUGCUCCAACCCUACAACCAGACCCACUUAUUUGUCUGCGGCACCGGAGCCUUCCAUCCCAUCUGCUCUUACCUGGAAAUGGGCAAGAAAGCCGAGGACAAAAUCUUCAGGCUCGCCUCGCAUUUCGAGAACGGUCGCGGUAAAAGCCCUUACGACCCCAAGAUGCUCUCGGCGUCCCUCUUGAUCGAUGGGGAGCUCUACUCGGGCACGUCAGCCGACUUCAUGGGGCGGGACUUUGCCAUUUUCCGAACGCUGGGGGAUCACCACCCCGUCAGGACGGAGCAGCACGACUCCAGGUGGCUCAACGACCCGAGAUUCGUCGGCAUUCACUUGGUCCCGGAGAGCGACAACCCCGAGGACGACAAGAUCUUCCUGUUUUUCAAAGAGAACGCCAUGGACGGAGAGCACACGGGCAAGGCCACCAUCGCCCGGAUUGGACAACUGUGUAAGAACGACAUGGGAGGCCACCGCAGCCUGGUGAACAAGUGGACCACCUUCCUCAAAGCCCGGCUCACGUGCUCCGUGCCGGGCGUCAACGGCAUCGACACGCACUUCGAUGAGCUGCAGGAUGUUUUCCUCAUGAGCUCCAAAGACCCCAAGAAUCCGCUGAUCUACGCCGUUUUCACCACAUCCAGCAACAUCUUCAAAGGCUCGGCGGUUUGCAUGUACAACAUGGCGGAUAUCCGGAGGGUGUUCCUGGGCCCCUACGCCCACAGGGACGGACCCACAUACCAGUGGGUGCCCUUCCAAGGCAGGGUGCCCUACCCCCGACCUGGAACGUGCCCGAGCAAGACGUUCGGCGGCUUCGACUCCACCAAAGACCUCCCGGAUGACGUCAUCACGUUCGCCCGGGGUCACCCGGCCAUGUACAACCCGGUGCACCCCAUCGGCGGGCGGCCCAUCAUGGUGCGCACCGACGUGGAGUACCAGUUCUCGCAGCUGGUGGUGGACCGCGUGGAGGCCGAGGACGGCCAGUACGACGUCAUGUUCAUCGGCACGGACGUAGGCACGGUGCUCAAGGUGGUGACCAUCCCCAGGGAGAGUUGGCAUGACCUGGAGGAGGUCGUGUUGGAGGAGAUGACCGUCUUCAGGGAACCUGCCACCAUCACCGCCAUGGAGCUGUCGACCAAGCAGCAACAAUUAUAUUUGGGCUCCUCGCUGGGCGUGUCGCAAAUGUCGCUGCACCGCUGCGAGGUGUACGGGAAGGCCUGCGCCGAGUGCUGCCUGGCCCGCGACCCGUACUGCGCCUGGGACGGCAGCGAGUGCUCCAGAUACUUCCCCACCGCCAAGAGGCGCACGAGACGGCAGGACAUCCGGAAUGGAGACCCACUUUCCCAGUGCUCGGAUCUUCAGCAUCACGACGAUGUUGACGGCCAGGGUGGCGGCGUAGGCGGCGUGGAGGACCGUGCGGUCUACGGCGUGGAGAACAGCAGCAUGUUCCUGGAGUGCAGCCCCAAGUCCCAGCGGGCGCUCAUUUACUGGCAGCUGCAGACGCCCGGCGGCGAACGCAAGCAGGAGAUCAAGAUUGACGAGCGGGUUCUACGCACGGACCAGGGCCUGCUCAUCCGCAGUCUGUCCCAGUCGGACGCGGGGGUGUACCACUGCCAGGCGGUGGAGCACGGCUUCAUUCAGCCGCUGCUGCGUCUCAGCCUGCAGGUCAUCCCCGCCCACAGGCUGGGCGACAUCCUCCCGGGGCCGCCAGGGGCCGGGGCGCCUCCGGCCGGCAAGCAACGCGUGUGGUACCGGGAUUUCCUGUCCCUGCUGGAUCACCCGGACCUCAACAGCGUGGAGGAGUUCUGCGACCGCGUUUGGAAGAAGGAGCGAAAACCCAAGAAGGCGAAGGCGCCCAACGGCCAGGCCGGCCCGCCGCCGCCGCGGCCCAAAGCUUUGGCCCCGAACGCGCAAAAGCUGCAGGCCAGUCCCCCUCAGGGUAAAGCUUGGCUCCAGACCGGAGCGGAGAACCCGAAUAGUCAAGCCACCCUGGGCAUGCUGAGUGUCCAGACGCCCAAGAACCAGCCCAAGACGCAGAGCGGUCCGAAGGGGCAGGCUGCGGCGCGGGCGGGGGUCCAGCACACCGCCAAGUGGCGCCGGAUGCAGGACAACAAGAAGGGACGCAACAGGAGAACCCACGAGCUGCAAAGACCCCCGAGGAGCGUUUGAGGGGGUGGGG